AUGACUGUUAUAGUAGCAUCAUUAUUUCUUCCCUAUACGGUGAAGUUUGAGGUCAAUUCGCAGGAUAUACCACUGGUGCCUGCACUGGAGCAGCCCGUUCAAAGAAGGUUGACUGACCCGACCAAUAAGGCGCCUCAGUCGAUCAUCCCGUUGACGCAGCUGACUCCUCCGGUUGAUUCACCGUUGGACCUCAGUAGGUCCAGCACCAACACAUCUACACCUGUUACGAUAGGCUCUUCUGUUGCCAGUGUUGCUUCUCGUCCGGGUGCCGGGAGCAGAAAGCCCUCGUACCAGGAUCCCUCAGCUGAACCAAAGAACUCCGCAGAGGAGUUCUUCUACAAGCACAACAGGCGCAGAAACACCAAUGUGGGAGGCACUCCAGAUUUUGCUGGAAACGCUCGUGAGACCUUCAAUGAGAGUAUUCUCAACGAAAAGGUGGCCAGUUCCAUGGGUUCUGGGUUCAUUCAACCCAGGGCCAGGACGGUACACCAGCCGCAAUCUACCGUCAUUGACAAGAAGAAGAAGCUGGACUCCGACUAUGGGUUGCCCAGUUUGAAGAUUAAUCGGUCUUCCAACAACCUUUCAUCCUUGGGGAUGUCAGCUGCAAGCAGCAGCACCAAUUUGGCGUCUAUGAACAGUUCAAGUUCCACCAACAUCGGAGCUCUUAGAGGAACCGCCAGCGGAGGUAAUAACCAGUUCAAGAGGGCUAAUGGGUCCGGCAGUGGUGGUACUUCUGGGGGAGCCUUUUCAGGGUUUACGUUGAACCAAAACCAGUCUUCGUCGUCUUUAACAGAACAUCCUGACGAAGAGUCAGCCGUAGAUGUUUCAUUUGAAGAUGGAGUGAAAGAGAUAGACGCUGACGACUGGUCUAACAAUUUCAACGAUAUGAUUCAUGGCAGAGCUGCCAGCAAGUUGGCUCCAUUUGGAGGUUUCUCCAAUCCUGGGGUCGAAGCUGACUUGCUUGCAGAAGUGAAUAUCUUCGAUACAGCACCCUGGAAAGUCGUUUUCACUGACAAGGGAAACGUUUCCUUGACCAAAGCAGUGAAGACCUCGUUUGAAUCAGGGAUUAUUUCCAAGAGAAAGUGGGUUGGUACCAUUGCUAUGCCAAGUGAUUCAGUUUCAGACAGAGUAAUUGGCAACAUUGCAGACAAGUUGAGCGAAGAUUAUAACUGUGAGGCUGUCUUUCCUGAUGAUGAGACUUUCCAUGGUCAUUACAAUUCGUUUUGCAAGGAGAUUUUGUGGCCCACGCUUCAUUAUCAAGUUCCAGAUGAUCCUAAAUCUAGGGCAUUUGAAGCCCAUUCUUGGGAUCAGUACAAAGCUUUGAAUCAAAUGGUUGCUGAUAAGGUUGUUGAGGUCUAUAAGAAAGAACAUGGUGAUGCCAGUGAUGCGGAUGACCCCAAUAACAUGAUAUGGGUUCAUGACUACCAUUUAUUAUUGGUCCCACAGAUGAUUAGAGAUCAAUUACCCAACGCAAGGAUCGGGUUCUUUCUUCACGUUUCAUUUCCUUCUUCGGAGAUCUUCAGGGUAUUCGCUGAAAGGAAAGAAUUGCUUCAAGGAAUGCUAGGAGCAAAUUGUGUAUCUAUGCAAACUGAUGAGUAUGUUAGGCAUUUCUUACAAACAUGUCUGAGAUUAUUACUUGCAGAUACCAACGAGAUAGGUAUAUCAUACAAUAGUAAGUAUACUGUGGUAAAUACUAUCCCAGUGGGUAUUGAUGUGCCAUCUUUGGAAGCAUUAAUUGCUAGCGAAGAGGUGUUGGAAUGGAAGCAGAUGAUUAGAGAGAGAUGGGGUGGUCAAAAGCUAUUGGUUCUGAGAGAUAAAGUUGAUAGAUUAAGAGGGAUCAAGCAAAAAUUGUUGGCUUACGAAAUGUUCUUAAAGGACAAUCCAAGUUUUGUGGAUAAGACUGUUUUGAUCCAGAUAUGCAUGGGUUCGGUUCAAGAUUCUGACUACGAGGCUGAAGUUCUGCAAAUAGUUUCAAGAAUCAAUUCACUAGCUGAAAACAUAUCUGUUUCUCAGCCAGUUAUCUUACUUCAACAAGAUAUUGAUUUUGAGCAGUAUUUGGCCUUGUUAUGCGAACUGGAUGUCUUUGUAGUAUCAUCCAUGAGAGAGGGUCUUAAUUUAACUUGCCAUGAAUUUGUUACAUGCCAGAGGGAGAAGAAGUCUCCAUUAGUUUUAUCGGAAUUCACCGGUUCCUCACCAUUAUUGGAAUGUAAUGGUAAAGGUGCCUUAUUGAUAAACCCCUGGGAUAUACACCGCUUAUCUGAAACCUUGAAACAUCUGUUGCAGAUGGACUCCGCUGAGAAGAAGGAAAGGUGGGAAAAUUGCUAUGAAAUAGUCUUGGAACAUGACUCAAAGAAUUGGGUAAGAAAUUGCUUAAAGAGUAUAGAGGAAGCUUGGUUAUAUGACCAGAGAAAGACCUCAAACAACAUUGAGCCCUUUAGCAAAGAAGUAUUGAACAAGUUCUACUACAAAUAUGGUAACAGUAAUGAUAAUAGAAGACUUGUAUUUCUAAACUUGGAAACUCCACUGGCCAUAUCGUCAAUUUACGACUCUUCAUCUGCUUCAAAUACCACUCCAGCAGUUGGUAAGACUGAUAGUUUUUCGGAGCCUUCCAGGAUAUUAAAGUUACUCAAUGACUUACUUACUGAUGAGUCUAACCAUGUUUAUUUGAUCUCAUUCUUGAAAAGAUCAGAUUUAGAUAUCUUGUACAGAACCAGUCCUAAUUUAGGACUUAUAGCAGAAAAUGGAGGAUACAUUAAGUUAAUCGGAUCUAAGUCGUGGAUAUCAAUUGGAGAUGAGAAAGAAUUGACAUCGUGGAUGCCACAGGUGAAACAGUUGAUCGAUUCGAAGGUUGUUAGAUUACCUGGAUCACACAUCGAGGUGGAAGACUGUACCAUCAGAUUCCACCCAGGUAGAGCAUUUUUGGAAAAUCGUGAAAGAAGCUUAGACGUCAUGGGAGAUUGCAUUCAGCACAUUAAUGAAAUAUUUCAAGAGCUGGAAGGAAUUCAUGCCAGUUUGAUCCGAAACGUUGUUAUUGUACAACAAAACCACCUAACCUUGAAGGCAUUCAAGUUUGUCCUAUCAUUCUACAAUAACGAGUCUAUUGCUGAAUUCAAGUUGAAGAAGGUGCCAUCUAGGCCCAAUACUGCCAUGUCGACUUCGAAUUCGACUGCCUCUAUCGUUUCCUUGGACGGCGACAAGCCAGAAGGAUCCAAGAUCAAGUCGAUUUUCGUUGGUGGAGGUUCAACUCUAAUUGACGAACCUACAUUUGAGUAUGCCAAUGAGCUUAAAGCAGAUGGAGUGAUUGAUAAUGUGUUGACAGUUGCGGUACUUGGAUCCGAUACUAGCUCGAGAACCAGCGCAAACUACGGGGUUUUAGGUAAGAAUGUACUUUUAAGUGUUUUGUCGAAGGUAAAGGAACUUAAAGAGUAA